UGGAAGCUACUGCUAGAGCUGCGGGGCAGACGGCGGCUCGGGCCGGCAUCUGAAGAAGCCUGAGCGGCGCGAGCGUUUGGGGAAGAGACGCCGCCAUGUCGGUGCUGGGCGAGUACGAGCGACACUGCGACUCCCUCAACUCGGACUUUGGCAGCGAGUCCGGGGGCGGCGGGGAUCCCGGCCCGGGGCCCAGCGCCGGGCCCGGGCCUCGAACCGGCGGCGGCGCGGUGGAGCAGGAGGAGCUGCACUACGUCCCCAUCCGCGUCCUGGGGCGCGGCGCCUUCGGGGAGGCCACACUCUACCGCCGCACCGAGGAUGACUCAUUGGUUGUGUGGAAGGAAGUUGAUUUGACCCGAUUGUCUGAGAAGGAACGUCGUGAUGCUUUGAAUGAGAUUGUUAUUCUGGCGCUCCUGCAGCAUGACAACAUUAUUGCUUACUACAAUCACUUCAUGGACAACAACACCCUGCUCAUCGAGCUGGAGUACUGUAACGGAGGAAACCUAUAUGACAAAAUCCUUCGUCAGAAAGACAAGUUAUUCGAGGAAGAGAUGGUGGUGUGGUAUCUGUUUCAGAUUGUUUCAGCAGUGAGCUGUAUCCAUAAAGCUGGAAUUCUUCAUAGAGAUAUAAAGACAUUAAAUAUUUUUCUGACCAAGGCAAACCUGAUAAAACUUGGAGAUUAUGGUCUAGCUAAGAAGUUGAAUUCUGAGUAUUCCAUGGCUGAGACGCUUGUGGGAACUCCAUAUUACAUGUCUCCAGAGCUCUGCCAAGGAGUAAAAUAUAGUUUCAAGUCUGAUAUCUGGGCAGUAGGCUGUGUCAUUUUCGAACUGCUUACUUUAAAGAGGACAUUUGAUGCUACCAAUCCACUUAACCUGUGUGUGAAGAUUGUACAAGGAAUUCGGGCCAUGGAAGUUGAUUCUAGCCAAUACUCUUUGGAACUGAUCCAAAUGGUUCAUGUGUGCCUCGACCAGGAUCCUGAACAGAGACCCACUGCAGAUGAACUUCUGGACCGCCCCCUUCUCAGGAAGCGAAGGAGAGAAAUGGAGGAAAAAGUCACACUACUUAAUGCACCUACCAAAAGACCAAGGUCAAGCACUGUAACAGAAGCACCCAUCGCUGUGGUCACAUCCCGAACUAGUGAGGUCUAUGUUUGGGGUGGUGGGAAAUCCACUCCGCAGAAGUUGGAUGUCAUCAAGAGUGGCUGCAGUGCCCGCCAGGUGUGCGCAGGGAACACCCACUUUGCUGUGGUCACAGUGGAGAAAGAACUCUACACCUGGGUGAACAUGCAGGGGGGUACCAAACUCCACGGUCAGCUAGGCCAUGGGGACAAGGCUUCUUACAGACAACCGAAGCAUGUGGAAAAGUUGCAAGGCAAAGCUAUUCGUCAGGUGUCCUGUGGUGAUGAUUUUACUGUGUGUGUGACAGAUGAGGGUCAGAUUUAUACCUUUGGAUCUGAUUACUAUGGCUGCAUGGGGGUGGACAAAGUGGCUGGUCCUGAAGUGCUGGAACCCAUACAACUGAACUUCUUCCUAAACAAUCCAGUGGAGCAGGUCUCCUGCGGAGAUAAUCAUGUGGUGGUUUUGACAAGAAACAAAGAAGUCUAUUCUUGGGGCUGUGGUGAAUAUGGACGACUGGGUUUGGAUUCAGAAGAGGACUAUUAUACACCACAAAAGGUGGAUGUUCCCAAGGCUUUAAUUAUUGUUGCAGUUCAGUGUGGCUGUGAUGGGACAUUUCUGCUUACCCAGUCAGGCAAAGUGCUGGCCUGUGGACUCAAUGAGUUUAAUAAGCUGGGACUGAACCAGUGCAUGUCUGGAAUCAUCAACCAUGAAGCAUACCAUGAAGUUCCCUACACCACUUCUUUUACACUGGCAAAACAGUUGUCCUUUUAUAAGAUCCGUACCGUCGCCCCAGGAAAAACCCACACAGCUGCUAUUGAUGAACGAGGCCGGCUCCUGACCUUUGGCUGCAACAAAUGCGGACAGCUGGGUGUUGGAAAUUACAAGAAGCGUCUGGGAAUCAAUCUGUUGGGGGGACCUCUAGGAGGGAAGCAAGUAAUCAGGGUCUCCUGUGGUGAUGAGUUCACUAUUGCUGCCACUGAUGAUAAUCACAUUUUUGCUUGGGGAAAUGGCGGUAAUGGUCGCCUGGCAAUGACCCCCACAGAGAGAUCACAUGGCUCUGAUAUCUGUACCUCUUGGCCUCGGCCCAUUUUUGGAUCUCUGCAUUAUGUCCCGGACCUGUCUUGCCGGGGCUGGCACACCAUCCUCAUUGUUGAGAAAGUAUUGAAUUCUAAGACCAUCCGUUCCAAUAGCAGCAGCUUAUCCAUCAGAAAUGUGGUGCAGAGCUCUGGCCCAGGAAGUGGCGGUGGGGGAGAAGAGGAGGACUGUCAGCAGGAAACUGAAACUCCUGAUCCAAGUGGAGGCUUUCGAGGAACAAUGGAAGCAGACCGAGGAAUGGAAGGUUUAGUCAGUCCCACGGAGGCCAUGGGGAUCAGUAGUGGGGCCAGCAGCUCCUGUCCAGGCUGGCUUCGAAAGGAGCUGGAAAACGCUGAAUUCAUCCCCAUGCCUGACAGCUCAUCUCCCCUAAGUGCAGCUUUCUCGGAAUCUGAGAAGGAUACUCUGCCGUAUGAAGAGCUACAAGAACUGAAAUUGGCCUCUGAAUCUCCCUCUGAACACAAACCCACAGUAGGAGCCUGGCCACCUCGGCUGUCUGCUGCAGGAACAGAUGCUGGGAAAGGACCGCCAGGGGCUGCCCCAUGUGCCUGCAGCACUCUGCAGGUGGAGGUGGAGAGGCUGCAGGGGCUGGUGCUUAAGUGUCUGGAUGAGCAGCAGAAGCUACAGCAAGAAAACCUCCAGAUUUUUACCCAACUACAGAAGCUGAACAAGAAAUUAGAAGGAGGGCAGCAGGUGGGGAUGCAUUCCAAAGGAACUCAGACAGCAAAGGAAGAAAUGGAAAUGGAUCCCAAGCCUGACUUGGAUUCCGAUUCCUGGUGCCUCCUGGGAACAGACUCCUGUCGACCCAGUCUCUAGUCUUGUGAGCCUGUCUAGCCUCCAGGAAACUGGGUGCAGAGAACUUCACAGCACACUUACUGAAUGCAGGCCGCGCUUUCCCAGCUUUGUUCACUUGCAGACAAGGAGCGCGAGGCAGAGGCUCUGG